AAAAAAGUCAGUCAUCCUGGAUUCCUAUCUCUGGAGUCUUGGUCUUGAAGGAUUUGUACUGCCCUGGAUCACAGUGACAGCAAAAUUACUUGGCUAAUGAGAAGCUUUGGAAAUUGCAUCUCUAGGGAUACAGAGACUGCAAUCACCCUGGGACUACCUGCUUCAACAGUUCUUCAGAAAAGAAGUAGCACAUCUGAACCUUAUCUCAUAGAUGAUCCUUGUUUCUCUGGAGCCUGAGGGUCACUCAGUCCCUGUGCCCUUCCUGAGUAUACCUUCCAUAUGGCACAUUCAGAGGAGAUGUCAUAUCAUUCCAGUACAAUACCCACCAGGUAAUCUAAUGACCCUUCAUCAAUGUUUGGAAAUGAGGGCAGGUGUUUUACUAUAGUUUCAUCUGGAGGAAGCUGUGGAGAACACAUGCAUCAAAGCCACCCAUGGUUUUCCUGCCUCUCUGUCAUCUUCCUUGUGCUUUGCACCAAUAUUCAAGGACCGCCGAUUUACUAAUAUCAUAUGAAUGUUUACUACGGCCAGGAACAUUUUCGUACUGAGUAGAAAUAUGCUUUUUUUCUCUAACAGGAUGGCUGUUAUAAAAGUAUCUGCAAUUGGUGGUGGUGGGAGGCAGGAAGUUUGGUAAAGGUCACUUUAUCUUCCCAUUCCUGGUUCUUGACAAAAUUACGUUAUCUCAGUUGCCUGCCUCUGAGGUCUCUGGGGAUCCAGACAGUCUUUAACUGUGACCCCAGUCUGUUUCUCUUUAUAAAAUUACCAAAUGUUUCAAAUAAUCAAAAUGGUAUAUUUAGUGCAAUAUUUGAAUUGGCCUCCUCUUGAUCCUUGUGAGAAUUAACAAUGGAUGACACUCUGGUGUAUCAGCUUCAGGUUUUGUUAAAGGAACAGAAUCCCAUGCAUACAGACGGCACCUUCUUCUUAAUCCUCUCUGUUAGUCUCUGUCCCAUCCUAAGACAGUGUCUGUCACUGGUGAUGCUCCUCCUGCUGGUCUAGAAAACACACCUGUGAUUGUGUUGUCACUCCACCUUCUCCAUCAGAUUCAUCGACAACAUGGGACCCAGCAACAAAACAGCAGUUUCCGAAUUCCUUCUUAUGCAAGUGACAGAGGAUCCAGAACUGAAGCCCUUUCUCUUUAUUCUGUUUCUGUCCAUAUACCUGGUCACCAUCCUGGGAAACCUGCUCAUCGUCCUGGCCGUCAGCUCGGACUCCCACCUCCACACCCCCAUGUACUUCUUCCUCUCCAACCUGUCCUUUACUGACAUCUGUUUAAGCACAACCACGAUCCCAAAGAUGCUGGUGAACAUCCAGGCACAGAGUCAGAGCAUCACUUAUGCAGGCUGCCUCACCCAGAUCUACUUUGUCCUGGCUUUUGGUGGUUUGGAAAGUUUUCUUCUUGCGGCAAUGGCCUAUGAUCGCUAUGUGGCCAUUUGUCACCCACUGAGGUACACAGUCAUCAUGAACUCCCACUUCUGUGGCCUGCUGAUUCUAGUCUCCUUGUGCAUUAGCACUGUGGAUGCCCUGAUGCACAGUCUGAUGGUGUUGCAGCUGACCUUCUGCACAGACGUCGAAAUCCCUCUCUUCUUCUGUGAAGUUGUUCAGGUCAUCAAGCUCGCCUGUUCUGACACCCUCGUCAAUAACAUCCUGAUAUAUUUUGCAACUAGCCUAUUCGGUGGUAUCCCUGUGUGUGGAAUCAUUUUCUCUUACACUCAGAUAGUGUCCUCUGUUUUGAGGAUGCCAUCUGUGGGCAGAAAGUAUAAAGCGUUUUCUACGUGUGGGUCUCACCUGUCAGUUGUGUCUUUGUUCUAUGGGACAGGUUUGGGGGUGUACAUUAGUUCUGCUUUUACUAACUCUUCCAGAAACACUGCGGUGCUUUCAGUGAUGUAUACUGUUGUCCCUCAAAUGAUGAACCCUUUCAUCUACAGCCUGAGGAACAGGGAUAUGAAGGGAGCCUUGAGAAAACUCGUAAGUAGGACACCUUCUCCUCUGUGACCAUGUCAUUGGCAUUGGACUGGGAUUUCUGGAAUGAGUCAAAGUGACCAAAAUAUAGGGUGAGACAGAAUGUCUGAAUUUUGCAUCAUCAACUUCUUCUAGAAAUACAAGGUAUCGUAGUGGCCAUGUGCAUUAGGAGAAUGAAUUUGCACUUUAUCCAGCUCUGUUGUGUUUGGCAAGCGAUUUCAAAUCUCUAAUCUCAGUUUCUGAGUUAGAUUCCCCAAAAGAAGAACCUGAGUCAGGGGUUCUUGUGGUAGUGAUUUUGUGAGGUUUGUUUUCAGAAGAGAAGUGGAAUAAGGUGGAUAAGGCAGGGCAAGAAUCUAAAUGAGGAUGUGGUGAUUCUACCCAAUUCCAGAAUCAUACUGUGAGAACUGAACUUCAGUGUUGGAACUCCUUGGAGGCCACAUGUGGAGAUUUUUACCCCAGUUCAAUGAUCACCCAGUCCAGUCACUGGAAACUGUAUCUGUGGAGGUCAACAUCAGCUUCCACUAUGCUCAGUUCCAUUAAAUAUACAUUGGCAUUAUUAGGUUAUCUUAGUGGUUUGACGUGAUAGGGGAUAA